CAACGUUCAUGGUUGCUACAAACACGCUGCGUUUGUCUGGGUUUAGAUAUUGGAAUAUGCGUGGUAUUAGAUGUAAUCUAAAAUGGAAACAAGUCAUUUGUUUUUCGGUUAAAGUUUUAAUGUUGUUUUUUUUUCAAUUUUACAUUUUCGCUUUUAUUCAGUCGAAUGAAUUAAUUGCACCACAAGCACGGUAUUUUUUGGAAACGGUUGAUAGGCAAAGAACAGUUGGCACAGUCUUAAAUCAGCUCGUUAUAGAUAUAUUAACCGGCAAGAAAGCGGUUUGAGUUAAUUAUGACAAUAUAUUUCAGGAAAAUAAUUGUACAGAGAAAACUUAACGAGCAAAUAUUAUUAUAGUAUAUUCAUACGAAAUUUACAGAUUGCAAUCGAAAUGUGCAGAAUUUUCGCGAAUGUUAAGCCGCUGGAUAUUCUAGCUAGCGCAUGCGCACUAGCGGCGCUGGUUUCGCACGUGGUGGGCACAGCUACACACACGUGGUGGAUCGUACACGAGGACGACGUGUUGCAACAGAGUUUCACGUUCUAUUACGGUAUCUGGGUGGUUGUCGACUGCAAGAACCACACGUGCGUAACGUUGUCAUCGGGUAUGCAAGGACGAAGAGCCUGGUUGCUUGGCCCCGCAGUGCUGCUGGUAAUGGCCGCGAUCCUGAUGCUUGUCGUGUUGGUAACGUCAUCACUUCUACUCGCACUUCCGUGGCACCACCGACAUGCGCGCACGUUGAGGAAACUUGGAGUCAUAUUCAAUAUCGGCGCGGGAGUUAUUAUCAUACUAGCCGUACUCAUAUUCUAUAAGAAGAAGGCAGGACUGAGACCGUCGACGGCACCGGAAACGUCCAAUGGCAACCCGGGCUGGUCGCUCCUUCUCUCCACCGUCGGCGGCAUUCUCGCAAUCGCCGACGCCGUCGUGAUCGGCAUCACAGUGAACCGGUACUCACAUAAGAAAAUGGAGAAACUCAAGACGAUUUUUGGAAUAUACGCUGCAGAUCUGGAGAUUGACGUGAAUGCGUUACGCCAGGGGGUGUUAAGGCAGGGCCGUAAGGUGAACAUUACGUCUCUGAACGACUCGACUUUAGAGGACUUUUAUAAAGCCACCAGGGUAGAGAUGCACCCUGUACCUGGAUCCCCAUGUAAAGCAAACACACCGAGAAACAUAUAGGCAUUGAAAUCCGAUGCGCAAGUGUUGUAUCAAGAUCAACAUCUGGCGCAAAAAUAUUAACAACUUAAAUUAUAUCUUAAAUAUAAGUCCGAUAAUAACUUAUUCUCUGUGCGCGAGCGUUCGCGUGAACAUGUGAUCCUUAUUGAACAAAUGCCCGCGCUUGCGUGCACCCGUUCAUGUGAGCACUUGCGUGUGUCUGUUACUAUUCAUGUCGUUGUACGUGAGUCUUUCGGAGAAGGCAACUUGCUAGCCAUCAGUGAUCGACAGUUUCCUGCGUAAUGUCUUCUAAUGAAUAUACAUAUCAAUAUCUAUGUUCUGAAUACAUGUACCUGUUUA